AUGGGGUGGCUUCAAUCUCUACUCUGUCCAUUGAAGAAGAUCUGGGUUCGACUUCAUUCCACGAAUAAAAAGCGUAGAGGGAUAUACAUCUUAUAUAAGGAUGUGAAGUCAUGUCCAUGUGAAGAUGUGCAAGUUCUCUGGUCAAUGUUGGUUGAGUCUAGCAAAGCCUCACCUUCUUUGCCAUCAAAAUAG